AUGGAUCAGAAUGGCUUCCAAAACAAUCUGUUCGCGGAUAAUCAGAAUUUCAAUGCAUAUGACAACCUGAACCUGUAUCAGAGUGGCUCCGAUUCCAAUUUCAACCCCGAUGCUAGCUGGGCCGUAAACGCCAGCGACUUCAGCCAAGCCAGCCAGUCACGUGCUCCCCAGUCUGCGCCAAGCUGGGCACAGAAUGCGAACCAUCUCGCCGCCCAAUCUGUGCAGCAAGGCUUCAACGCCUCGCCCUAUGCUCGGCCCAUGAGCAACAGUCCGGCGUCGUUUGCACCAAACACCUUCACCUACAAUGGCCAACAGCCUCAGCAGCAGCCUUUCCAGUACCGGCAACCACAGUUCGAUCCUUCACUGGCCGCACAUGGACAGAACUUCAACCUCCACAUGCCAGGCUACACCGCUGCCACACAGAGUCCUGGUACCAUUGCACCCCAGAAUCUGGAUCCCACCCGAACAUUCACCAACAACCCAUACGCCGCCAAUGCGUUCCCGCCAAACAACUUCAACCAGAACCGGCAAGCCGCCCAGAUCCAGAUGCGUCGGGCUGAUCAGAAAGCUCUCGUUGCAUCAAUACCGAAAGCAGUCAGCGGUGGCAUGUUCAAUAUCAUCGACUUCAAUCAGCUGUCCCAAACCACAAACUCGGAGCGCAUGGGCAGCUAUGCGAACGUCGGCAAGGAGGCACAGGAAUGGGACGUGACACGAAGUGCAAUCCCAGCGUAUGUGCCCAGAAAGUCACGGAACGAGCUGCGCGCCCUGGCUGGAAACAACAAGACCGCCCUUGCGAAGAUCGGCAAGAAGUCAAAGACUCUCGCCGCUGAUCUGAAGUCCCGCCCGCCCACGGGCUCGGUUGGAAGUCCAUCGAUCAAGCAUGAUGCAGACUCUUCGAGCGAAUAUUCUUCAUCAUCAGACGACGAUUCGGAAUACACGGACGACGAAGAUGAGGACUCGCCCUUGCCUGCCAAGAAGCCUGAUGAUCCGAAAGGUGGCGUCGAGUACGAUGUGAUCAAAGCAGUGUACCGAUCGAAGAAGAAAUCGCUAGAUGCGGCUACCAUCGGCGCCUGUCUUGGCGAGCUUUGGGAAGUGGUGAAGACGAUCAGAGAUCGGUGGAAAGCAGACGCAGCUGCAGUCAAUGAUGCCGAAACGAAGAAGAAAGCCGGAGAGCUACCCUUGCUGAAGAGCAGAGUCAAGGAUCAGCGCGAGAUGAUGGAGACGGCAUUCAAGGCUGUGCUGAAGCAUGGUCACCGCGAUGUCAUUGCAUUCCUUUCCGAGAACGUCUCGCUCAUAUUCAUCUGCUAUCAAUUCCUACUCGACCGCUUCAAGGAUGAGGACAUCAACGGAAGUCUUUCACGGGCGAUCCUCGAAUUGAUGUCCCAAUUCACGACACUCACAAAGGACAAACUGGAGAAGACACACAUGGAGAAGGUGUUGCCCCGAUAUCAGAAGAAAGGCGAUGCCAAGACCAAGUACUACGUUAAUAAGAUCCUGGCCAACGCGGAGACUGCCACCAAAGAGUCUGCUAAGAAGGCAGAGCAGAAGAAGGCGGAGAAGUUAGCAUCUGAGACUGCUGAUUCCAGGACUGGAUCCCCUUCCGUGAAGAAGCCUGUGCCCGAUUCGGGUGCCGGGGUGAAGCGCCCUGCCGCGUCGUCUGCCGAAGGGACCGCUCAGAAGAAGGUCGCAACCGUGGCUUCAAAGGCCAAUGGUGUAGCUGGUGCCAUCAAGAAAGCGCCUACUGCCACAGAUUCUACCAAAUCAGCAGCAGCGGGCAGUGCCCAAGCUGCAACACGGAAGACUGUGGUAGCUAAACCGUCGGGUUUCUUCUCCGGUCUGCAAUCUGCGACCAAGAAACCCGGUACAUCAAAUGCUGAACGAGCGGCGAAGCCAGUAACAAGCAGGCCAACGACAGUGACCAACACCGCCUCCGCCAAGCCUGCUUUCGACUUUGCGCAGACGAUGGCAAAUCUAACCAAGCCAAAGGAGGUUAAGAAAGAGGCCAAGCCUGAGAAAGAGAUCCCACCUGAGACCGAAGAGGAGCGUGCGAAACGUCUUCGAAAGGAACAACGACGUAAACUACGUGUCUCGUUCAAGCCUGUAGACCAGCUGGUGGAAGUCAGAUUCUUCGUUCACGAUCCUGAAGAGGAGAUCGACCAUGACUCCAGUCAGAUGCGCGAUGUUGCCGACGUUGGAGGAGAGGGUCGCAUGUUCAAGCAACAGCAACACAUGAUGGAUCUUGACGAAGAUGAUGAACCCUCGGAAGAAGAGCAGAAACUGGUAGAGUUCCGGACACCCAUCCCGGUGGACUUCAGCACGGUCCCUGAAGAGGAGCGUAGUCGCAACUUCACUCCAUAUGGUGGUGGAGAGUUCAAGCCCAACUCAGCCGAGAAGUCGAAGCGCGAGCAGUACGAGAAUGAGACUCUGAUGGUAUUCUAUACGGAGCCAAGCCAGAUACCGGCCAACCCGAAGGAGCCCGAGGAUCCGUACAAUGGCGAUCCAGGUCCUGCAUUGAAGUACUUCGGCCCUAUGGAGGAAAAGUAUAGUGCACGUGCCAGGUCACGACAAGCGCAGUUUCAGUCACAGCCUAUCUAUGGUCAGUCUCAGACCACGGCAUCUCCUGCGUUCCCGUUCGCUGGGGCAGGACCACAGCAGUCUGGGUCUCAAGUGCAAUCUAUCCUUGACACCCUGCGAAACCUCAAUUCAAACGCCCAUCAGCCUGGUGCUACUGCAUAUUCUCUGCCAUUCGUCGGUGGGCCUGCGCCGGCUAACUUCCAGCCUCCCCCACCGCCACCACCUCAGACCUCAACUGUGCCUGCCGGUCAGCUUGAUCUGGCUGCUAUCCUCGCUCAGAUUCAAAAUGGCGCUCCGCAAGCGCAGCCCGCUUACAAUUAUGGUGCAUCACAGCAGCCGACUGGAGCAGACGCUGCACACAAGAAGGGCAAUGACCCCAAGAACCGAUUUUACAAGACCAAGGUUUGCCGCUAUUGGCACGAUGGCAAAUGCCAGAAAGGCGACGCCUGCAGCUAUCUCCACGAGUGA